AUGAUUCCCUAUGGCUGGCUGACUCUCUCUCUGUCCAUUUCUAUCUGUUUCUCUCUAUCCGUGUCUAUCUGUUUCUCUCUAUCCGUGUCUAUCUGUUUCUCUCUAUCCGUGUCUAUCUGUUUCUCUCUAUCCGUGUCUAUCUGUUUCUCUCUAUCCGUGUCUAUCUGUUUCUCUCUAUCUGUUUCUCUCUAUCCGUGUCUAUCUGUUUCUCUCUAUCCGUGUCUAUCUGUUUCUCUCUAUCCGUGUCUAUCUGUUUCUCUCUAUCCGUGUCUAUCUGUUUCUCUCUAUCGUGUCUAUCUGUUUCUCUCUAUCCGUGUCUAUCUGUUUCUCUUUCUCUCUAUCCGUGUCUAUCUGUUUCUCUCUAUCCGUGUCUAUCUGUUUCUCUCUAUCCGUGUCUAUCUGUUUCUCUCUAUCCGUGUCUAUCUGUUUCUCUCUAUCCGUGUCUAUCUGUUUCUCUCUAUCCGUGUCUAUCUGUUUCUCUCUAUCCGUGUCUAUCUGUUUCUCUCUAUCCGUGUCUAUCUGUUUUUCUCUCUAUCCGUGUCUAUCUGUUUCUCUCUAUCCGUGUCUAUCUGUUUCUCUCUAUCCGUGUCUAUCUGUUUCUCUCUAUCCCGUGUCUAUCUGUUUCUCUCUAUCCGUGUCUAUCUGUUUCUCUCUAUCCGUGUCUAUCUGUUUUCUCUCUAUCCGUGUCUAUCUGUUUCUCUCUAUCCGUGUCUAUCUGUUUCUCUCUAUCGUGUCUAUCUGUUUCUCUCUAUCCGUGUCUAUCUGUUUUCUCUCUAUCCGUGUCUAUCUGUUUCUCUCUAUCCGUGUCUAUCUGUUUCUCUCUAUCCGUGUCUAUCUGUUUCUCUCUAUCCGUGUCUAUCUGUUUCUCUCUAUCCGUGUCUAUCUGUUUCUCUCUAUCCGUGUCUAUCUGUUUCUCUCUAUCCGUGUCUAUCUGUUUUCUCUCUAUCCGUGUCUAUCUGUUUCUCUCUAUCCGUGUUCAUCUGUUUCUCUCUAUCCGUGUCUAUCUGUUUUCUCUAUCCUCUAUCCGUGUUUCUGUUUCUCUAUCCGUGUCUAUCUGUUUCUCUCUAUCCGUGUCUAUCUGUUUCUCUCUAUCCGUGUCUAUCUGUUUCUCUCUAUCCGUGUCUAUCUGUUUCUCUCUAUCCGUGUCUCUCCGUGUCCGCCCCAUCUCUCUGUGUCUGUCUGUCUGUCUCUCUCUCUCUCUCUCUCUGUCUCUCUCUCUCUCUCUCUCUCUGUGACUCUCUCUCUCUCUGUGACUCUCUCUCUCUCUGUGACUCUCCCCAUGACUCUCUCUCUGUGACUCUCUGUGUCUGUCCGUCUCUCUGUAUGUUCCCCAUCUCUCUCUCUGUCCGUGUCUCUCUCUCUCUCUCUCUCUGUAUGUUCCCCAUCUCUCUGUGUCUGUCUUUAUUCUGCUUUUGUUAUUUUAUUAUUUCCCUUUGUUAUACACUUUUCAUUUUAGAAUUGUAUAUUUAA